AUCAGACUCUGACCAAUCAGCUGUCCCCGGUGACGCGAGUGACGUACUCCCGCCAAUUCGGACCGAGAAGCGCGAGGCGGGCGGUGGAGAAGACGAAGCGGAGCGCGUUGGAACAAAUGAACGAUUCAUGUCGGCCGUUUAAGAAAGACAAAUAGCUACUGUAAGAUUCUUGUGUGCAAACUUUAUCCCCCCGCAGAGAAGCAGACAGCGUGAUGGCGGCGGAAACGGCAUCUGUGGAAGGACUUGUAGCUGCAUCGACACCCCGGAGACGAGGUAUUGGCCGUAAAACAAGCAGCAAUGCCAACAAGAAGCUAGUCCAAGCUCGCCUGCCUUUCAAGCGUCUGAACCCUGAAGGUCAGGAGAAGGACGUGUCCAAGCGUCCUCGUCCCCACGUGUGUCCUGAAGCACACCAGUCUGACCUGGAGAACGCCAACGAGUCGUCCCCGCUCGCCGCGCUCGUGAAAACCCCUUUGGUGGACGGUCGAGGCCCCCUAGAUUGCUUCCUGAGCCACAGACGCUCCUCCGCUCCAGACCAGGGCUUCAUCGACCUGACUGAAGACACCUUGUCUCCUGUCAAGUCCCUCACGUCAGAGGCGGCUCCUGCCACACCCGUGAAAGACCAAGCAACAACCUGGUCCCCCAGGAAGACCGGCAGUGCGGACCAUCCUGCUGCCAACCAAGACCUAGCCAAGGAGGUGCAGGACCAAGACAAAGAAACAACCUGGUCCCCCAGGAAGACCGGCAGCGCGGACCAUCCGGCUGCCAACCAAGACCUAGCCAAGGAGGUGCAGGACCAAGACUUGGCACAGCUCAAUACCACACGGGAGAGUGAGGGGGAGGAGCUGAAGGUGUCCCACAAUGUCUCCAGUUUGGGGAAUGUGUCCACGCAGUCACCAUCAUCCUGCACUUCCACACCUGAGAGCUCCCCUGAGAGGAACAAGCCUGAUGGAGUCACACCAAGCAGCACACCCUCAGAGCCAGCAAACACUCCCAAAGUCCCCGCAGAUCAGAAAAGGACGAAAAGACGCUCGUUAAAGACUCAACAAGAGCAGGAGGCCAGGCUUCGUGUGCGCCAAGAGCGGGAGCGGCAGAAGGAAGAAGCCAAAGCUGCCAAAGACAAGAAGAGGCAAGAGAGCCGCAGGCUGAAAGAAGAGCGCGAGAAGGAAAAGCGCGAGAAGAAGGAGAAAGAAGAGCAGGAGAGACGGGAGAAGAAGGAGAAGGAGGAGUGGGAAAAGGCAGAGAGGGUCAAAGCCAAGGAGGAGCAACGCAAAUCCAAGAUGGAGGCCAAGCUGGAGGAAAAGCGAAAGAAAGAGGAAGAGAAGCGCAUGAAAGAAGCGAAAGAGCGGAUCAAAGCUGAAAAAGCGGAGAUCACCAGAUUUUUGCAGAAAUCUAAAAUCCAGCAAGCUCCAAAGACUCUGGCCGCUGCCUGUGGGAAAUUUGCUCCCUUCGAGAUCAAAGAAAACAUGUACAUGGCGCCGCUGUGCCGGGUUGAGUGCGAGGAGUCAGCCCUGGAGGAGCUGGACCGCUACUUGUCGCACCCCACUGACAGCCCCCGCUCACUGAGGGACUGGAUCAACCAGAAGCCUCGCCGGUCAGGUCCUACCAGAGCCAGAUUUCCCAACCCUGUUGGGGACUGCAUAGCCGUAGAUGGGCCCAAAGGAGACGACGUGCCUGACCGUCAACAAUAUGGACCCAUGAAGCUGCUGCUGUUUCAUCAGAACCACCGACCAGCUUACUGGGGCACUUGGAGGAAAAAGAGUUGUCACAUCACAGCGCGCUGCCCCUUCAGGCAGGACAAGGACCUGUUGGACUAUGAGGUGGACAGCGAUGAAGAAUGGGAGGAAGAGGAGCCUGGAGAGUCCCUGUCACACAGUGAAGGGGAGGACGAGGAGGAAGGAGGUGAGGAGGAUGAGGACGAGGACGACGGCUUCUUGGUUCCUCACGGCUACCUCUCGGACGGCGAAGGGGCGCUGGAGGAAGAGGAGGGCGGCGACCUGGAAAAGCAGAAACUGCAACAGAAAGUGAAAGCGAGGGAGUGGGAUGAGCUGAUGUCCGCCAAGAACAAGAUGAGGGUGUUGCAGCCCGUCGUGAGGGGCUGCGUCUGGGAAGGCGGAGACUCGCCCUUCUCUGACAUCCUCCAGUCCUACGCCGUCUGCCUCAUCCAACCUUUAGUCAAGGCGGACGCCAGCCCCAGCUCAGAGGAUCAAAGGCAGAAAUUGCUCGGUCAGCUGCUGCCGCUGCUACACGGAAACCCGAACAGCAGUAAAGUCAUCAUCGACGAGUUUCAAGAGUUUUUUCGCCAGCAGACUUCGUCCUCCAUGUUGUCCACAGAACUGUCCAGUCCAGAGAACUCCGCGGAAGUUCCCACUCGGAUCCAGGUGAAGCGUCUGAUCAAGAACAACGCGGUGUACGAGAAGCGCUCCACCUACAGACGCUGCUGCUGGUACGUGCACGCUGACGUGCUGACACACUACUCCCUGGACACUCUGCCUGUGCCGUGCCACUGGUCCUACCUCACCUGCCGCGCUCGAGACGAGUCCUCCCGGGAAGAGAAUCAGGUGGCCACCGGCUCCCGGGGGAACUCCCCCAGCACGCCCCAGACCUCCUCCGCCUCCUGGGCCGCCUCCAACAAGAGGAAGAGCGCCGGCAGCAUGUCCAUCACCAAAUUCAUGAAGCGCUGCGGCGAGCAUGAACGGGCGGAGGAGGCUGACGGUUUCCAAGCUGACACAGAAGAUGACGACGACUGCAUCAUCGUCUCCACGCAGAGCGGUUCAGUCACAGAGAAGUCGUCCACCGAAGGAGAAGACCUGAUGGACGUCACACCCUCCAACAUGGCCGCUCUGCCGCUGGCCAGCGCCGCUCCCACUUUGGCCCCAGCCUAAGAACUGUUGGCAGUGUGCUGCUCCCAGGUCACAGGUGUGUUGAAGUCGCGCACAUGUUUGUUGAAGACGCGCACAGGUGUGUUGACCACACGCACAGGUGUGUGUGUGGACCACGCGCACAAGUCUGUGCGCAAACUACACGCACAGGUGUGUGCGCAAACUACACGCACAGGUGUGUGUGCGAACUACACGCACAAGUGUGUGUGCGAACUACACGCACAGGUGUGUGUGUGCGAACUACACGCACAGGUGUGUGUGUGCGGACCACACGCACAGAUGUGUGAACCACACGUACACACACACACCCCUCCUUGUAUUUGUGUAUAUAAGACGCAUUCUUUCCCACCCUGGACAAGCUCGUUGUGUACCUGCACAGGUAGAGCCAGUGAACAGAUGUUUUAUAAGAUGUAUCGUCUCUGUUGUGGAAGAAUACUUGAAGAUAAAGUUCAUUAAAUCGGAAGAAAAUG